CCCGGGUCAAAGUGACCGACACUGGACACCAGCUGCUGGUUGAUGAUGAAGGAAAGGUGACCAUGGCAUUUCUUUAUUACAUGUAUUGUAUUGAAUUGUGUGUCUACUGUAUUUGAAUGUACUGUUGGUCUCAAAUGAGUUCAAGAUCUAAGUCAUUACCUGUAGGGAAUAAUCUGUCAAACUACUAUAUCUCAUUUUUACUAUAGAAGUUAUGCACUCUAGAAUGUUGACAUCAUUUGUUCAUCAUUGUGUUUCUACUGUACUUCCAUGGACAGUGAUCUUGCAUUCUGCACUGGUCGGUCAUACAACAAUAUAAUGCCAAACCCCAAAACUUAAAGGGACGGUUUAAAACCAAAGCCAACAUUUUCAGGCUUACAGACCUCAAAAUGUGACGUUAUAUGUAACUCAAGAUUUCUAACAAAUCCUACAUUGAUGUCAAUGGGAGAUUUGCGCUAAAGUUUGCAUCGCACCGCCAUAUAACUUCCUGAAUUUUCCUGUGUCAUUCCAGGAACACAAGCUAUCCCAGAAGGAGGAGGGCUCCAUCAGGGUGAUGCACCUCACCUCAGUGGAGGGGGUGGACGACAUGAUCCGCCUGGGGGACCUGAACGAGGCCGGGCUCCUCAGGAACCUGCUGGUCCGACACAGGCAGGGCAUCAUCUAUGUGAGUCCCCUAAUGGAUUAUGAUGUACUACACCCACAUGACAAAAUACUAUAGUGUACUAUGGUAUAAAUAUUAUAGUAUUCACUGUGGUAUACUGUAGUAUUAACAGUUAACUAUAGUAAAAUUAAACUGUAGUAUAUACUAUAGUCAUUAAUGUAGUGUCUUUGCAGAUUGUAGUAUACUGUAGUAUUUACUGUAGUGUUUUUGCAGACAUUACUGUAGUAUUGUCUAUAGUGUUUUUAUUUUAUUAUCUUUGACAUAGAAGUGGAGGCUUUCUCCUUGAGGAAACCUACUGGAGAAAUACUAAAAUAGUGCAUAAUAAUAUUUUCCAUGACCUGUAGGUAGGUAGGACUGGGAGCUGAACAGAUAGUUCAGAACUUCUGCUCUUUUCAUAACCUGUAGGGAACACAAUAUAUGGUCUAUACUUGGCAUGUAUGUUUCUCACUUAUGGGUGGCACAAAUUGUGAUAUGGGGGAGGGGAAUGGAUAGGGAAUAUGCUAAUUAAAUACUGUAGUAUUGACUAUAGUUAGUAAAGUGUUGUGUUCCUGUGGACUGUAGUGUUUUUGCAGACAUUACUGUAGUAUUUACUACCAUGUUUGUUUUGCGGAUAAUACUGUAGAACUUACUAUUCUACAGUAUACUACAACAUUCUAUAGCAAUGUUUCCCAUUUUGGUUUUUGCCCUAGCACUACACAGCUGAUUCAAAUAACCAAGUCAUCAUCAAGCUUUGAUUAUUUAAAUCAUUGUGUAGUUUAGUAUUCUACAGUAAACUACAGUUUACUACAGAAUUCUACAGUAAGUACUGUAGUAUUCUAUAGUAAACUGUAGUAUCUUUUUCAUGUGGGCGGUACCCAAAAUGCUCUGUGUUACACAGUUUGGUCAUAAUGUUCUGAAGCUUUUUAAGUUAACAUGUUGGUCUAACCCAUCUCCUUACCAAAACAACCAUCACCGCUCUUACAUAUGCUGGACAUUCAGACCCUUUCUAUGAUAUGGAUGGUGGAUUAUUUUGUUUGUGCUGAAAGAUUUAUGAAAGACAUUCACAGAUUUAUUAAUGGGGGUGCGUGACAACGGUUAAUGUAAUCAUACCGGUUAAUGUAAUAACUUUUCUAUUUGUAAUAACUUUUCGAUUGUUUAUGCAAUAAAACCGGUUAAUGUAAUAACUUGCCGGUCAACAUAAUAAAAUGUUGAACGGUUAACGUGAAAACGUUUUCCGCUAAAUGUUAUAAGUUAUUACGUUAACCGGUGGUUAUUACAAACCGGUGAGUAACAACUUUUUUGAUGAAUAAUUUAAUAACUUCAACCAAUCAUGUAAUAACAUACCAAGAUCAAUGUUUUGAUGUACUACUUCCCUCCAUUUGAUGCUCAUACCACCACCCACUGCCAAUUACAACACAAAAUCAUGCUCCCACUCACAAGCACACAUUGAAAUGUACACACAUGCACAGUCAUAGACACACACACACACACACACACACACAUGCACACACAUACGCACACACACAUGCACAUAUGUGAACACGAGAAGUGUUCCAAAAACAUGUGAUCUUAUGUGAAGUUUAUGUGAUAACGUGACAACAUGAAACUACUCAUGUGAAAACAUGUGAUCACAUGUGAAGUGUUCCAAAACCACUAUUUUUCACAUGGUUUCACGUGAAAUUUCAUGUGAAAUCAUGUGUUUUUUCUGUAAGGGUGUACAUUUCAAUGUGUGCUUGUGAGUGUCUCUAUAUAUGAGCAUUCCUGUAUGAUGUGUGUGAGUUUGUUUGUGUUGUAAUUGGCAGUGUGUGGUCGUAUGUGCAUCAAAUUGAGGGAAGUAGUACAAAAACUAUUACAUGAUUAGUGGAAGUUAUUACAUUAUUCAUCAAAAAAGUUGUUACUCACCGGUUAAUGUAAUAACCACCGGUUAAUGUGAUAACAUUACAUUUAGCGGGUAAAGUUUUUACAUUAACCAAUCAACAUUUUAUUACGUUAACCAGCAAGUUAUUACAUUAACUAGUUUUAUUACUUAAAAAAUUGAAAAUGUAUUAAAAAUAGAAAAGUUAUUACAUUAACUAGUGUUAUGACAUUAGCCGUUGUUACAGCGGGCCCAGAAAAUGUGUGCGGAAAAAGCCUAAACCGCUGUUAUUGUGCUGUGUCCAGACCUACACAGGCUCUGUGCUGGUGGCAGUCAACCCCUACCAAGAGCUUCCUCUCUACACAGCCGACCAAGUGAGGCUGUACCAUGGGCGUAGGCUGGGCGAGCUGCCCCCGCACGUCUUUGCCAUCGCAGAUACCUGCUACUUCAACAUGCGCCGCCACAACCGAGACCAGUGCUGCAUCAUUAGGUGAGACCAAAAGUACAUUUGUCCCAGACAGGCAACAUUCCACUUUUGAAAGUCAUUCAGUUGAACAAAAGGAAACCAAGGCAGAAGCGUCACAUAUUCCAAUGUUGUGGACUAUAUUUGAAGAUGCUCUUUGGAGGGGUUCAGUUUUACUUUUACAUUGACAAUUACACUGGAAUUAAACUGAAAUCCAAGAAUAUGACACACUGUCUCUUUCUACCUGUUAGUGGGGAGUCAGGUGCAGGGAAGACAGAGAGCACCAAGCUCGUCCUUCAGUUCCUGGCUGCAGUAAGUGGACAGCACUCCUGGAUAGAGCAGCAGAUACUGGAGGCUAACCCUAUACUGGAAGGUAGGAUCUCUUUACUAUAACAAUAUCUCUCUCCCACAUUAUCCCAACUGUUGCUACUCAUGACACACUUCUCAUUUCUGCGUUCCCCCAGCAUUUGGGAAUGCCAAAACAAUUCGCAAUGACAACUCCAGCCGCUUUGGGAAAUACGUGGAAAUCUUCUUCAACAAAGGUGGCGCCAUCGAAGGGGCUCGCAUUGAACAGUACUUACUGGAGAAGUCUCGUGUCUGCCAUCAGGUGGGGAAGCACAGGCUGUAAAAUCAAAACAAUUGGUGAACCAGGACGUUUUGCUGUUGUCCUUAUAUUUUAAUGAAAUGUAGAAAUCUCAUAGCUAAUUGCCUCAUAAAGUGAAUUGCUUUCAAAACUGUGUAAACUAUCUCUCGUAAACAACAGGUUUAUCUAAUUUAAGUCUCAUUUACAUGUUUUUGUUCGUACUUGGAAGAGGACCAAAUCCAUUGCUGGAUUGUCCAGUAACCAGGCAAAAUGGUGUAAUGUCAUGAGAUCUUGAUAUCUGUAACACUACUGUUCAUUUUCACUAAUUAACCCUAGGCCACGGAGGAGCGGAACUACCACAUAUUCUACUGUAUGUUAGCGGGGAUGACGGCAGAACAGAAGAAAACACUGUGUUUGGGAAAUGCCGCUGAAUUCAGCUACCUCAAGAGGGUAAUAGCAAUGCACUACUAAAACAUCAUCACUUACAGGUUUUCUCACGUACAGUUAUAAAUCUACCUCAUUAAGGACAUUUUUACUGAGUACAACUAAGUAACUGACGUCCUCUUUACAACGCUCCUAGAAAACUGACCCAGAGCUGAAAAAAAACAGCCACAAAUAUGAUUUGCUUUAGUAUCACCAAUGAAGAGAAAAAUGGGUCGAUAGUAGCUGUAAUUAAGUAGAGAGAUGGGGCGAUAGCUAUAACCUUUAACCUCUGACCCUGUGUUCUAUAGGGUGACUGUAUUGUCUGCAAUGGACGUGACGAUGCUAAGGACUACACCCGUAUCCGCACGGCCCUGAAGAUCCUCACCUUCACCGAGACCCACUGCUGGGAGAUCCUCAAGCUGCUUGCUGCUCUCCUCCACCUGGGCAACGUCAGCUUCGAAGGUGAGGUCUUCUCCUGGUGUAUGACUCAGUUGAUGUCUGAGUGUAUGAUCUAUGACCGUAGUUCUUAGGGAAUAUGACCUGCGCCUUGUCAUCCCCCCACCAACCCCAAUGGCCAAAUGUAUUGAGAUCCUGAAAUACUUGAAUGUUGAGGUGUUUAUGUUGUUGUUAGUUUUUUUUAUGUGAAAGUUGUGAUUGACCAAGUUUUAUUUUGUUAUUUGCCUUGCAGCCGCCAUCUUGAAUAACAUGGAGAGCUCUGAUGUCAGUUCAUCGGAUCACUUCACCCUUGUAGCCAAAUUGCUGGAGGUAUGUACAGUGCCUUCGGAAAGGAUUCCGACCCCUUGACUUUUUCCACAUUUUGUUAGGUUACAGCCUUAUUCUAAAAUUGAUUAUUGUAUUGUUUUCCCUCAUCAAUCUACACACAAUACCCCAUAAUGACAAAGCAAAAACAGGUUUUUAGAAAUAUCACAUUUACAUAAUAUAAGUAUUCAGACCCUUUACUCAGUACUUUGUUGAAGCACCUUUGGCAGCGAUUACAGCCUCGAGUCUUCUUGGGUACGACGCUACAAGCUUGGUACACCUGUAUUUGGGGAGUUUCUCCCAUUCUUCUCUGCAGAUCCUCUCAAGCUCUGUCAGGUUGGAUGGGGAGCAUUGCGGCACAGCUAUUUUCAGGUCUCUCCGGAGAUGUUCGAUCGGGUUCAAGUCCGGGCUCUGGCUGGGCCACUCAAGGACAUUCAGAGACUUGUCCCGAAGCCACUCCUGCAUUGUCUUGGUUGUGUGCUUAGGGUCGUCGUCCUGUUGGAAGGUGAACCUUUGCCCCAGUUGGAGGAUCAUCAAGGAUCUCUCUGUACUUUACUCCAUUCAUCUGUGCUUAAAUCCUGACUAGUCUCCCAGUCCCUGCCACUGAAAAACAUCCCCACAGCAUGAUCCUGCCACCACCAUGCUUCACCGUAGGGAUGGUGCCAGGUUUCCUCCAGACGCGACACUUGGCAUUCAGGCCAAAGAGUUCAAUCUUGGUUUCAUCAGACCAGAGAAUCUUGUUUCUCAUGGUCUGAGAGUCUUUAGGUGCCUUCUGGCAAACUCCAAACGGGCUGUCAUGUACCUUUUACUGAGGAGUGGCUUCCGUCUGAUCACUCUACCAUAAAGGCCUGAUUGGUGGAGUAACUGCAGAGAUGGUUGUCCUUCUGGAAGGUUCUCCCAUCUCCACAGAGGAACUCUAGAGCUCUGUCAGAGUGACCAUUGGAUUCUUGGUCACCUCCCUGACCAAGGCUCUUCUCCCCCGAUUGUUCAGUUUGGCCGGGCGGCCAGCUCUAGGAAGAGUCUUGGUGGUUCCAAACUUCUUCCUUUUAAGAAUGAUGGAGGCCACUGUGUUCUUGGGGACCUUCAAUGCUACAUACAUGUUUUGGUACCCUUCCCCAGAUCUGUGCCUCGACACAAUCCUGUCUCUGAGCUCUACGGACAAUUCCUUCAACCUCGUGGCUUGGUUUUUGCUCUGACAUGCACUGUCAACUGUGGGACCUUAUAUAGAUAGGUGUGUGCCUUUCCAAAUCAUGUCCAAUCAAUUGAAUUUACCACAGGUGGACUCCAAUCAAGUUGUAGAAACAUCUCAAGGAUGAUCAAUGGAAACAGGAUGCACUAGCUCAAUUGCAAGUCUCAUAGCAAAGGGUCUGAAUACUUAUGUAAAUAAGGUAUUUCAGUUUUUUAUUUUUAAUAAAUGUGCAAACGUUUCUAAAACCUGUUUUUGCUUUGUCAUUAUGGGGUAUUGGGUAUAGAUUGCUGAGGAAUUUUUUUUUUGUAAUGUGUUUUUGCUGGUAUGUUCUGUAAUAACAUAUACAGUACAGUUGAUAUAUAUUGUCUUUGUAUGUUCCCUACAGGUGCAGCCUGCUGCUCUGGCUGUGAGCCUGACCUGCCGCUCCUUCAUGACCAACAGAGAGCGAGUGUCCAAACCCCUCAACUCUGAACAGGCAGCCGACUCCAGGGACGCCUUCGUCAAGGUAAUGAGGCCACUCCUGUUUGAAGGUACCAAGGCAAGAUAUACAGUAGGCUACCACCUGAAACAAGAGGGAAAGCAUAAACAUAAAUAUUCACAAAGGCACAUAGACCCGAAUCCUAACUUGAGAUCCGUGUGCGAAUGGACGUAACUCAAGUUUUCGCACAAGUCUUCCGUUGACAUCAAUACAUGAUUUGUUUGAUUGUUGAGUUAAACAUGCACAUUUCAAGUUAGGAUUUUGUCCAUAUUCUAUUCAAGUGUACAGUAUGUGUGUUGUUUGUGUCAUGAUUUCUUCAGGCGAUAUAUGGCAAACUCUUCAUCUGGAUCGUUGGGAGAAUCAACAGUGCCAUCCAUAAGACUCCUGCCAACGGUCCCAAAUACGUCCGUAACUCCAUCGGCUUGCUGGACAUCUUUGGGUUUGAGAACUUCGACUCAAACAGGUAUGCCAGUCAAUAUCAAAUACUAAUUUCCCUUGUCGUUUGUGAGUGCAACAUACUCCUUGUAUGUCCUUCAUCCCUUCUCCCUGAUGGCAUAUAACCAACCGGUCAAUAACACAAACCUUUUCCCCAUGUUUUUUCUCAGCUUUGAACAGCUAUGCAUCAACUUUGCCAAUGAGCAGCUGCAGCAGUUUUUUGUGCGUCAUGUGUUCAAGCUGGAGCAGGAGGAGUACACCAAGGAGGACAUUGUUUGGAAGAACAUCACCUUUAGCGACAACACAGAAACCCUUGAUCUCCUCGCUGGGAAGCCCCUCAACGUGUUGGCCCUGAUCGAUGAGGAGAGCCACUUUCCCAAGGUCAACAAUCUCAAAUUCCUCUAGUCAACCAUGUUGUGGUGGCAGUCUGAAUUGGUGAGGUUUGUGACAACCUUGAAUGUUUCUUCCAGGGCACAGAUGUCACCAUGCUGAACAAGAUGAACCAGGUUCAUGCAAAGUGCAACAAGUACAUUCCAUCCAAGAACACCCAUGACAUGGAGUUUGGGAUCCGCCAUUUUGCUGGGGUUGUUCACUACGACUCUAAAGGUAAACAGAAGAAAAAGGGAUCACACCUAUACAGCAUUAGUUGAUUCUCUCAAACAUAGGAGUAUGAUCAAUCAGAUAUUGGGGGGGGGGGGGGGGGCACCAUUUGAUCCUGUAUGUUUUUCCUUCAGGAUUCCUGGAGAAGAACAGAGAUGCUCUUAGCUCAGACAUCCUCAAGUUGAUUGACACAUCCACCAACAAGCUGCUGAGACAGAUCUUUGAGAAGGAGCUCUCUGCAAAUGUAGUGAAGAACCCUGCAAGCAACAACAGGAUCGUUAUGACACCCAAGAGCUCUCUAAGGGUUUGCAGCUGUUGUUACUAUUAAGAUUCUGACUCUCACGUCAACUCCCAUUAGCUACAUCCACCAAAAAACAAAGCUAAAUUGCACUGUGGGAAUUCCAGUUUCUUCACAUGGCUUUCCUGCAGAGAAAGUCACUGACAAUGGUAAAGAAGUCCACGCAGUUGACAUUGUGAUUUUUCUCCCCACAGGCGGCCCAGACGGACGGCAGGAGGCAGGUGUCCACGCUGAGCGGUCAGUUCCGCCAGUCCCUGGACUCCCUCAUGAAGGCCCUGUCCAUCUGCCAGCCCCAUUUCAUCCGCUGCUUCAAGCCCAACGACGAUAAGAAGUCCAUGGUGAAUAAGGCAGCCAUUUUGUAGCACUGGGCCAGAUACAGGGAGACAUGAUUAAUUGUUUUUAUGGUGCAAUGUGACAAUCGGUAGAGGUUAAACUCACACCCAUACGGAAAAAAUAUAGGGCGUUAUACACAAUGAAAAUGGGACAAUUCCACGAAAGUCAAAUUUUUCCAUACCACAGUGCACUCCGCUCUACUAGUCAAGCUUAUGAAAGUCUCUGUCUUUUUCAGGUUUUUGACAGAGACCUGUGCAUACGUCAGCUGCGGUAUUCUGGAAUGAUUGAUACCAUCAAAAUCCGGAAACUGGGAUAUCCGAUCCGUCACACAUUCAAGCAGUUUCUGCAGCGGUACAGAGUGCUUCUUAAUACAACCGUCUGUGACCCCAAAAUUGUGAGACGUAUACCUUCAUUAUUUUGAAAAUUAUGCCGAUGAUGAUGAUGAUGACAUUUGUUAACACGAAAAGCUCCACGGUUACCAUUGCUUUUAGUUGUGUGGUUAUGGUUACCAAUAUCCUCCUCCCUCUCCUAACUCAGGAGUCAGCAUCAGCCUGCUGUAAUGCCAUCUGCAAGGCCGUGAUUACAGGACAGUACGACUGGAAGACCGGCAAGACUAAGAUCUUUCUAAAGGUACAGUUAUAACUAGCCCACUAGACAACCACAAACAUUGGCACGUUGUGACAGUAGUGAUGGAAUCCCAAAUGUCUGUCACAAGAAGCAAUUCAAAGAUGCUAGAAUGAUGUCGGUAACCCUAUCCGAAAAGGUCCAUAUUCACCCUCUAUAACCGGUUUUCACUUUCUUCCCAUUCAGGAUGCCCAUGACUCCCUACUAGAGCGGGAGAGAGAGCGAGAGCUCAAUAGGAAAGCCCUCAUCAUCCAGAGGGUCAUGCUUGGCCAAAGAGACAGGUAAGGGAAGAACACUGAGACACACAGCUUGGGCAGAACACAGGAUAGAGAAUGACAGGCGACGUGUCAUACCUGACACAGGGACCUUACAUAGCACACUGGCAGUGGUUACUGACAUGGUUUUAUCUGUUAUUCUUCAACACCCCAAUCUAAAGCUUUACCCCAGAGUUACUUCAGUUGUACCUAUUGUAAUACAGUAGUUGUUAACAGUCGGUGAUAUUCCAGUUUUGUUGAAAUGUAUUCCUCUUGUAGAAAGAGCUUUGUGAAGAAAAGGAAAGCUGCCGUGGUUAUACAGAAGCGAUGGAGAGGUUACAAAGAGAAGAAAGAAUACAGAAAAGUAAGUCACUGGCUGUCAAAGUCCACUAAUAUCACGUCAACAUAAGCACGGUAAGGAGUCAAGUCAGAUACACUUCUGAAGACAAAUCUAGAUGAUAUUGAUUCAUUGCCAUAGCUUAGGAGUGCACAUUGUGCUGAUGGAGAUUUGCUCAUAUAUACUUUUUUAUAGACUAGAUCAACUUUGAACAUAUCUUUCGUGUUUCUCUCUUUUGCUCACAUUUACCUGCUGCUUCUGGCAUAAUUUCUACUCCUCUCUGUCUCAUUCAAUCAGCUCCAGCGUGGCUUUGAGCGUCUGCAGUCUAAGAUCCGUGGCCGUCUGGCCCGGGAGCAUUACCUGAAGGAGCUGUCGGCGGCCGUCACCAUGCAGUCCCAGGUGCGCGGGUACCUGGCCAGGAAGAGUUAUAGGAGCAAGAGAGAAGCUGUGACAGUCCUCCAGGCCCACACCAGAGGCAUGCUGGCUAGGAGGACCACCAACAAGAUGAAGACAGAUGUGAGUUAUGACAUUUGUGAAAAGUGCGUGUGUGGGUGUGUUCGCGCACCUGUGUGUGCAAUUGUGUGAGUUCAAUAUAUGUGUGUGUGUGUGUGUGUGUGUGUGUGUGUGUGUGUUAGGCCUUCCUAUCUGCCCAGGAGCGUGAGGCGAGGGAGCGGACAGCCGCGGAGCUCCAGCGGAGGCUAGAGGAGGCCCUCAGCCAAUCACAAAAGGCUGCUGCCAAGCCAGAGCCAGUCAGUGAGCAGGAAAUGGUGGAAACCAUGUUUGACUUCCUGCCCAACAAAGUGGCAGUAGGAGGACGGGAGGGACCAGCUCCAGAGGGCUUUGAGGUUAGGCUCACAACCAAUGGUGGAUCUCCAUAUUAUAUCAACAUAGGCUUCUUACUCAAUGAUUAACACUGCUAAUAGAAUGACCAAAUUCACCUAAUCGUUUCUUCUCAUUGAAGAAACAUUAUAAUAUUUUACUAUUCUCUACAACUUAAAAAACGAACUGAGUAUCCAUCUGUACUCUCCCUACCCGUCCUCAGGACUUGGAGAGAACUCAGACCAUCCCAGAGGUGAUUGAGGAGAGCCAAGAGGAAAGUCCAGUAGAAACCCCAGCUCCUGUAGUAAUACAAGUACCAGCACCAGCACUAGCUCGGACUGCACCAGCUCCAGAACCAGUACCAAUCGCAGUACCAGUGGAGCAACCAGUGGUGGACUACAAUGAUGAGGAUGAGGAGUUCUCCUUCACCACGUUCAGUGCUCUGCACUUCCAGGGCUCUGCUACCCACAGUCACAUCACCCAGAGGCUGCGGCAGCCCCUGCUCUACCACGAGGACGAGGGAGACGCACUGGUGAGAACUCAAUAUCAAGCUUCAGUGAUCUCAGUGGAAUCCAAAGAAAGUAUGACAUUUUUCUUCCUCAAGAACAUAUUCCAUAUUUCCCUCUCAUCUUUUCUCUUUGUGUACCCUACUUUCUCCUUUCCUUGUUCCCUUUCCUCUGCUUUCCUCACACUUUUUUUCUCCCUUUCUUUUCUCUUCCAUUCCCCACGUUCUCCUCUGCUCCAGGCCUGUCUGACAGUGUGGUGGAUCAUACUGAGGUUCAUGGGGGACAUAGCUGAGCCAAAACUGAUCAACCAGGAGCCCUCCACUCCCAUCCAGAAGAACCUGGGCCAGAGGCAGAACAGGAGGCUCAGCAACCUGGUGGGCCUGGAUCAGGUACUGAAGCCUUACUAGGACUUCACCUCAAACUCAAUUCAACUUAGUUCAAUAUGCCGUCAUUUUACAUGCUUCCAAUAGGUUACUGUUGUUACUGAGUUUUUGCUGACUGAAUUGACACACUAACAGUUUGUCAGAUGUCUAAAUAGUCAUAUCCAUUUUUCCAUCAGAAAAUACUAAGGAAAAACAGAAAGAAAGAAGGAAUGGGGAAUAGAAAAGCUUCGACCAUUAUAGAGGAGGUUUGUGACAUACAUAUUAUUUUGUCCUAAGAACUAAAACUAAGCUGAAUAUCCAUAAAUCAACAACACAGGAUAAUUGGCUCUUUGUGCUCCUCACCUCCUCCAGUCAGAGACUAUGACAGAGGAGAAAGACAUUCUGAUUGGAGAGGGGCGCACUUUGGAUCGGCCAAUAUCCGACCUUGAAAAACUGCACAUUAUUGUUGGAUACGCCCUAUCCAGACGUGAUAUAAGGUAACAAACCGAAUUACAACAUGUAAACAAUGUUACCCAGUUAUCAAUGUCUAGAAAGGUGAUUUGCUUUAAUACCAAAACUGUUAAAUUCAUAACUGAUAGAAGAUUACAGCUACAGUUGAAAUGGAAAUUAAUAGGAUCCAUCUAAACUGAUAGAUAGCUACUUGAGCCCUGUCUGUCCUUGUUUGUCCGUGUAGGGAUGAGAUCUACUGUCAGAUCAUUAAACAGCUGGUGAACAAUAAGAACCAGACGAGUUCCCUCAGAGGCUGGGUCCUCCUCUCUAUUUGUCUGGGUAUCUUCCCCCCAACAGAACUCCUUAUGCCGGUCAGUCUAAAGUUGACAUUUGUUUACUUAUGGCUAUACUGUAUGUCUUAAGGCGCUGUGUUUUUAUGCAUAAUCGUACUGCAUUUAAAAUCCAGGCCCCCUUCAAUUAAUUACAUACACUGUAAUUAUAUUAUGUUCUAUUCUAUUUGAUUCUAUUCCACAGUACCUGGAGAGCUUCCUGCGCAGAGGAUCAAAUAGCUACGGUCCGUACUGUGCUGAGCGCCUGCGUCGCAUCGUGGCCAAUGGGGAGCGAGGUGAACCACCCUGUUGGAUAGAGCUCCAGGUAAGAUACAACAUCCAUGACAGAGAGAUACUCAUCUGGCUGCAUCACCCUUCUGACACAGAAUUGGGGGGGUUCACCCUAGCCAAUGAAGCUCAAAUCUCUUGACGAUGUUGCUAGGUGUGGACUACUGCUGCUGUUAAGCACUGUCAGCAUUACAGGUCAUGGACAAUAUUCUUGGCUCAGGUUUGGUAAGACAACAACACAUUGACUGAAGCGGAAACAUACUGGCACCCACACUAUAUGAUGAGAGGUUGCAUCAGUUCUGUGGGAGAAAGUUGCUCAACUACAGCUAUAUUAACCAUUGUUAAUAUCUAACCUGUCAAAUCAAUCCAUUCUCUGUUUUUGCUCUGCCGACAUACCUUUAUGCCGGCAGGUUCGACCUUGUGUGCAAUUGACAAAUAAAGCAAUCUUAGUCUUAAUCUUAUGACAGUGACUGUAUUAGUAAGGAUAUAUAUAUACAGAGCAUUAUGUGUACUGUAGUAGUACAUCAUACUACAAGGACUACAUAUUACCAUGCCUCCAUCUUCUCAUGUGUAGGCCGUCAAGACCAAGAAGACCACACAAGUGCUUGUGGCCUUGAUGGACAGCCUUAGUGUCAGCCUGCCUGUAGACUCAGCCUGUACCUCUGCUGAGGUGUGCCAGGCUCUGGCCAAGAAAAUCAACAUCAAGGACAUCUACGGAUUCUCUCUCUACAUCGGCUUCUGUGAGAAGGUGAAGGAAACCCCCAAGGGAUUUGGGGAUACCUAGCCAUGCAACUAAAAGGAGUACAUAUUAACGAAGAAGAGACAUGAUGAAUACAGCAGUGUCAAUAGUUUUUCUUCUUAGUCGCAUGGCUAGGGGAUACAUUACUGCGGUAUCCUGGUACUGGGCAUCGUGCCUUGUGUAUUGAGAAAUUGAAUUUGCUUAUUCAUAUUGUGUCAGUUGAAUAUUAUGAAGGAACAUUUAAAAAGGAUUUUGAAAUUAGUCUCGACAUCAUUUGACUACCAUUUAUUAGCAUAUGCGCUAGCUUUCAGAACUUGACUAACAUUCACUUGCAUUGACUAGCCCUGUGACAUGUUCUGACAUAGCCCUGUGACAUGUUCUGACUAGCCCUGUGACAUUUUUUGACUAACCCUGUGACAUGUUUUGGCACUGUGCUGUUUCCAGGUGUGGUCCCUGGGCAGUGGCGGGAGACACGUGAUGGACGCCAUCUCGCAGUGCGAGCAGGAAGUGAGACGGAAGGGCGAGGAGGAGCAGCACGCCCCCUGGAGACUCUACUUCCGCAAGGAGCUGUUCACACCCUGGCAUGAUUCCUCGAUAGAUGCCGUCAGCACGGAUCUCAUCUACAAACAGAUCAUCAGAGGCCUCAAGUCUGGGGAGUACCAUUCUGAGAAGGUGAGACGUUUUUGACAGUACACACACCUAAGAGUCCAUCUACCCAGACAAUGUGGAUAUCAUAUCACUGAUACAGCAAUGGUGUAAUUGUGAAAGUGGCCUCCACAUCUCUCUCUCUCUCUCUCGACUAUGAACCAAGCAUGGAUCUUAGGAGUCAUAUUGUCUCACUGAACUCUAUGUGAGAAAUCAUAAAAUUACCACUAUUGUUGAAAAAUAUUAAGAUAUAAAGACUGUUUGAAGUGGAGACUCUAUUAACCAAAGACUGUCUUUCUUUAUAAUUGAUAACAGAUGUUUUUUUGUAUUUUUGUCAUCCAGGAGGAUGACUUUGUCCAGCUGGCAGCAAUGUACUACUAUGUGACGUUUGGGUCUGCCAGCAGUGGAGAGAAUGCCAAGAAGGUGGUGGAGGAUUGCAUCACUACUGAACUUAUUGAGACCAAGUCUCAAGGAAAAUGGAUUCAGCUGGUCAACACAGCACACACACAGGUAAACUACUACUCACUGGUGCAACAAGUAAUGGCCAGACAAUUUGUAUUAUAUCAAAAAUUCCUGCAAUUCAAUUUGAAUUAGUCUAUGUUAUCCCAAUCAAGUAUAGUAAAGUUAAGUAAUGUAAAGCAAAGUAAAUUAAAAAGUUAGGUUAAGUUAAGUUACUGUUAAGUUAUGUAGAGUAGGAUCCCAGGCUGUGUCACAGCCGGCCGUGACUGGGAGACCCAUGAGGAGGCGCACAAUUGGCCCAGCGUCGUCCGGGUUAGGGGAGGGUUUGGCCGGCUGGGAUGUCCUUGUCCCAUCGCGCUCUAGCGACUCCUUGUGGCGGGCCUGGUGCCUACAAGCUGACUUCGGUCGCCAGUUGUAUAGUGUUUCCUCCGACACAUUGGUGCUGCUGGCUUCCAGGUUAAGCAAGCAGUGUGUCAAGAAGCAGUGCGGCUUGACAGGGUCGUGUUUCGGAGGACGCAUGGCUCUCGACCUUCGCCUCUCCCGAGUCCGUACGGGACAAAAAAACAAAAAAUAUAUAUAAAUAAAUUAACAAAAGUUAUGUAGAGUAGAGUAGAAUAAGGUUAAUGCCAGACAAAAUGUAUCAACAAAUAAUGAUCCUAAUCAUUCUUACAGGGUCCUUACAUAAACAGCAGAAGGAGCACAGACAGCGUGAAGGGGGAUGUGGUUGACUACGCUCGUCAGAAAUGGCCCAUCUUCUUCUCCAAGUUCUACGAGGUUACGCAAAUGUCAGGUAAGUCUAACAGGAAUAUGUCUGCGUAAUGUACCAGGUGAGGUUGGCUUCAUUUCACAUGGUGAACCUUUUAGUAGUUGGUUUACAUCAGGCAAAAAAAAUGUUUUGUUGUUAAAGACAAUUUUAUUACUAAGGUAUUUACAUAUCCACAGGACCUCCUCUACCCAAAAGCAAUUUUAUUGUGGCCAUCAACUGGAAUGGGAUCUCCUUCCAGGAUGAGAAAGAGAAGAAGCUCCUUGAGCUGUCCUACCCAGAGGUGACUGGGGUGAACAAGUCCAGGUAUGGACAGGUUACACCAAGGCCCUGUUCAAAUAUUUCCUUCCUUCCUUCCUUCCUUCCUUCCUUCCUUCCUUCCUUCCUUCCUUCCUUCCUUCCUUCCUUCCUUCCUUCCUUCCUUCCUUCCUUCCUUCCUUCCUUCCUUCCUUCCUUCCUUCCUUCCUUCCUUCCUUCCUUCAAGUGAUCACUGAUCUGUAUUGGUUGGAUUUGUGGAAGCAAUAGAGUGAUAAUCUUACUUUCACCUAUCCAUUCACUAUAGAUCUGUAUUUACUGUACCUCAAGGAAACAAGGAAGGAUGCGUUUCUUAAGUAUUCCAACAGGGCCCAGAAUACAUAGCCCAACCUAGUUUUAUACAGUGGCAGUUUAUUGUUCAAUUGUCAAGUAGUGGUGGUCGUCACCGUUCACAUACUCCCUCAUACCGACAUCCAAUCCACCAUGAAGUUAUCACAUACAUUUCACGUGUUUCACAUACACUUCACAUAUGUUUCACAUACGUUUCAUAUGCUCCUCAGUGAUGACGGCAGGAUCGGCAGCAGUCAGUCUGUGAGCCUGGCCACAGUGAGAGGGCAGUUCCUACUGCAGUCUGUGGAUGCAGGGGAGAUGGCUGACCUGAUCCAGUGGUACCUGGAGGGCCUGAGGCAGCGCUCCGUCUACGCAGUAGCCCUGCAGGACAACAACAAACAGGGUAUGAGUAUGACGAUGAAUCACUUCAUCACUCACCUCACAGCUGAGAUACACUGAUUUUGGAUAGGUUUGGCUGGGGUUAAGCUGUGUAUCUCUGAACAAGGGGUUAGUUAGAUUGAUGUAUUUGGCAGAAUCAUAGUACACUGCUCAAAAAAAUAACGGGAACACUAAAAUAACACAUCCUAGAUCUGAAUGAAUGAAAUAAUCUUAUUAAAUACUUUUUUCUUUACAUAGUUGAAUGUGCUGACAACAAAAUCACACAAGAAUUAUCAAUGGAAAUCAAAUGUAUCAACCCAUGGAGGUCUGGAUUUGGAGUCACCCUCAAAAUUAAAGUGGAAAACCACACUACGGGCUGAUCCAACUUUGAUGUAAUGUCCUUAAAACAAGUCAAAAUCAGGCUCAGUAGUGUGUGUGGCCUCCACGUGCCUGUAUGACCUCCCUACAACACCUGGGCAUGCGCCUGAUGAGGUGGCGGAUGGUCUCCUGAGGGAUCUCCUCCCAGACCUGGACUAAAGCAUCCGCCAACUCCUGGACAGUCUGUGGUGCAACGUGGCGUUGGUGGAUGGAGCGAGACAUGAUGUCCCAGAUGUGCUCAAUUGGAUUCAGGCCUGGGGAACGGGCGGGCCAGUCCAUAGCAUCAAUGCCUUCCUCUUGCAGGAACUGCUGACACACUCCAGCCACAUGAGGUCUAGCAUUGUCUUGCAUUAGGAGGAACCCAGGGCCAACCGCACCAGCAUAUGGUCUCACAAGGGGUCUGAGGAUCUCAUCUCGGUACCUAAUGGCUGUCAGGCUACCUCUAGCGAGCACAUGGAGGGCUGUGCGGUCCCCCAAAGAAAUGCCACCCCACACCAUGACUGACCCACCGCCAAACCGGUCAUGCUGGAGGAUGUUGCAGGCAGCAGAACGUUCUCCACGAUGUCUCCAGACUCUGUCACGUCUGUCACAUGUGCUCAGUGUGAACCUGCUUUCAUCUGUGAAGAGCACAGGGCGCCAGUGGCGAAUUUGCCAAUCUUGGUGUUCUCUGGCAAAUGCCAAACGUCCUGCACGGUGUUGGGCUGUAAGCACAACCCCCACCUGUGGACGUCGGGCCCUCAUACCACCCUCAUGGAGUCUGUUUCUGACCGUUUGAGCAGACACAUAUACAUUUGUGGCCUGCUGGAGGUCAUUUUGCAGGGCUCUGGCAGUGCUCCUCCUGCUCCUCCUUGCACAAAGGCGGAGGUAGCAGUCCUGCUGCUGGGUUGUUGCCCUCCUACGGCCUCCUCCACGUCUCCUGAUGUACUGGCCUGUCUCCUGGUAGCGCCUCCAUGCUCUGGACACUACGCUGACAGACACAGCAAACCUUCUUGCCACAGCUCGCUUUGAUGUGCCAUCCUGGAUGAGCUGCACUACCUGAGCCACUUGUGUGGGUUGUAGACUCCGUCUCAUGCUACCACUAGAGUGAAAGCACCGCCAGCAUUCAAAAGUGACCAAAACAUCAGCCAGGAAGCAUAGGAACUGAGAAGUGGUCUGUGGUCACCACCUGCAAAACCCGUCCUUUAUUGGGGGUGUCUUGCUAAUUGCCUAUAAUUUCCACCUGUUGUCUAUUCCAUUUGCACAACAGCAUGUGAAAUGUAUUGUCAAUCAGUGUUGCUUCCUAAGUGGACAGUUUGAUUUCACAGAAGUGUGAUUGACUUGGAGUUACAGUGGGGGGGAAAUUAUGGUGGAAAAUAAGUAUUUGGUCAAUAACAAAAGUUUCUCAAUACUUUGUUAUAUACCCUUUGUUGGCAAUGACACAGGUCAGGCAUUUUCUGUAAGUCUUCACAAGGUUUUCACACACUGUUGCUGGUAUUUUGGCCCAUUCCUCCAUGCAGAUCUCCUCUAGAGCAGUGAUGUUUUGGGGCUGUCGCUGGGCAACACAGACUUUCAACUCCCUCCAAAGAUUUUCAAUGGGGUUGAGAUCUGGAGACUGGCUAGGCCACUCCAGGACCUUGAAAUGCUUCUUACGAAGCCACUCCUUCGUUGCCCGGGCGGUGUGUUUGGGAUCAUUGUCAUGCUGAAAGACCCAGCCACGUUUCAUCUUCAAUGCCCUUGCUGAUGGAAGGAGGUUUUCACUCAAAAUCUCACGAUACAUGGCCCCAUUCAUUCUUUCCUUUACACGGAUCAGUCGUCCUGGUCCCUUUGCAGAAAAACAGCCCCAAAGCAUGAUGUUUCCACCCCCAUGCUUCACAGUAGGUAUGGUGUUCUUUGGAUGCAACUCAGCAUUCUUUGUCCUCCAAACACGACGAGUUGAGUUUUUACCAAAAAGUUAUAUUUUGGUUUCAUCUGACCAUAUGACAUUCUCCCAAUUCUCUUCUGGAUCAUCCAAAUGCACUCUAGCAAACUUCAGACGGGCCUGGACAUGUACUGGCUUAAGCAGGGGGACACAUCUGGCACUGCAGGAUUUGAGUCCCUGGCGGCGUAGUGUGUUACUGAUGGUAGGCUUUGUUACUUUGGUCCCAGCUCUCUGAUGGUCAUUCACUAGGUCCCCCCGUGUGGUUCUGGGAUUUUUGCUCACCGUUCAUGUGAUCAUUUUGACCCCACGGGGUGAGAUCUUGCGUGGUGCCCCAGAUCGAGGGAGAUUAUCAGUGGUCUUGUAUGUCUUCCAUUUCCUAAUAAUUGCUCCCACAGUUGAUUUCUUCAAACCAAGCUGCUUACCUAUUGCAGAUUCAGUCUUCCCAGCCUGGUGCAGGUCUACAAUUUUGUUUCUGGUGUCCUUUGACAGCUCUUUGGUCUUGGCCAUAGUGGAGUUUGGAGUGUGACUGUUUGAGGUUGUGGACAGGUGUAUUUUAUACUGAUAACAAGUUCAAACAGGUGCCAUUAAUACAGGUAACGAGUGGAGGACAGAGGAGCCUCUUAAAGAAGAAGUUACAGGUCUGUGAGAGCCAGAAAUCUUGCUUGUUUGUAGGUGACCAAAUACUUAUUUUCCACCAUAAUUUGCAAAUAAAUUCAUUAAAAAUCCUACAAUGUAAUUUUCUGGAAAUGUUUUUCUCAAUUUGUCUGUCAUAGUUGACGUGUACCUAUGAUGAAAAUUACAGGCCUCUCUCAUCUUUUUAAGUGGGAGAACUUGCACAAUUGGUGGCUGACUAAAUACUUUUUUCCCCCACUGUACAUUGUGUUGUUUAAGUGUUCCCUUUAUUUUUUUGAGCAGUGUAUAUGAACAGACAGUGUAUGAAUAUGACAACUCACUUUCUCACCUCAUUACUGAGGUUCAUCUAUUUGGACCAUUCAUAUACAAUAGGCGUUUUUGGCUGGGGAUCAGCAUGACCAAUAUGGUUCCUCUUAUGUACGUGGGUGACUUACUUAUGUCUCUCUCGCUCUCUCUCUCUCUCUCUCUCUCGCUCUCUCGCUCUCUCUCUCUCUCUCUCUCUCUCUCUCUCUCUCUCUCUCUCUCUCUCGCUCUCGCUCUCUCACACUGCAGACGACCCCACGUUGCUGAGCUACAAGAGAGGGGAUGUGCUGGUCAUCGUGAAGGACGGAGAGUACUCCCCCGACCGGGGCUGGAUCAAAGGCACUAACGAGCGCACUGGGAACACCGGCGCCAUCUCCAUGGAUACCGUCCUGGUUCUGCCAACCCUUGAAAAGCCCAGUGAUACCACACUGGUAAGAUCAUAGUGCCAAUGGGGAUGUGCAAGGGUGAAUUAUAAGAUUCUUAUAUAUAAGGUAAUAAUGGCACAUGGCUGCAUUCCAUUCCAGAUAGUUGUCCAUUGAACUGCUGUCUGUCAUUCCCCUGUAGAGAUGAGAAAGGAAAAACACUAUAAUGGAUCCUUGGUGGAGUACACCUAAACCUAACCAGUUGGAAUGCUGCCCAUAUGUUAGGGAUGGGCAGACUUGUUACAUUGUUACACUUACGGUGGGGCAAGUCCACAUCAUGUCCAGUUCCCAUUCUUAGGAGGAUUGCGGCAGGGGAAGACUACUCUCUUGGGGUCGUACUAACGUUGUGUUUUUGUUUGGUUGAACCAUCAGAGUCUGCUGAAUCUGAGCCCAGACCAGAAGAGGACAGUGGCUCAGAACACCUCCGCGAGGGAAGAAGCAGUCUCGCCCGUCUCACUGAAAGAGUUCGCCCUUGAGUACUUUAGGUAGAGAAAACCCUUCAAUAAAUCCACUCAAAAUCCACUCUCACCUUUUAUUUCAAUUACAGAUGCAACCACUGACUUCAAUAACCAUUUCAAAUGUAAUAAUAACCAUGACGGUUUAACAAAUGAGUAUUCCAAUGUUACAGUAAUCUGACCAAUUAUCUCACUACUACAUUUUGCAUGGUUUACAGUCUUUUUUACGGUUACACUUUAUUCUUAAGACAGCAACUUAACUUUGUUUUCUUUAUUUCCCCCAGGCAGCCUGGUAAAGAGGGCGGCCGUGGGGCGCACGCCAAAGGGGCAGGCAGGGAGAAACUGUGGGCUGCAUCCAAAGAACCCAUCAAACAGCCCCUACUGAAGAGUCUGGUGGACAACACCGACCUCAGCCAUCUGGCCUGCAUCUCCUUCACUGAUAUCCUUUACUCAAAUACUUUAUUUGUUAAAGGGGAAGUUCAGGAUUUUACAACUUGAUGUUAGAUGGUUUCUCACCCUGAAAGUAGCCUAUGGGCCACGAGAAACUGUAAUCCAUGGUUCAGUUUUCUUUAAACAGCCACUACAAACUUAAGCUAACUUUAGCCACCACUAGCUACCAAUCAAUUGAAAUGAUAGGUUCUUGUUUUUUUUAAAUGGCCAAAUCACAUAUAAAGGUCCAGUGCAGUCAAAAAUGUGAUUUUCCUGUGUUUUAUAUAUAUUUCCACAUAUGAGGUUGGAAUAAUACUGUGAAAUUGUGAAAAUUAUGAUAAUGGCCUUUUAGUGUAAGAGCUGUUUAAAAGGACCGCCUGAAAUUUCAUCCUGUUUUGGUGGGAUGGAGUUUUAUCCUGCAUCGCGACAUCACCAGGUGGUAUAAGUUAAUAGACCAAUAACAAAGAGAGUUUCAAACCUCUCUGCCAAUAACAGCUAGUUUUCAGGUUACAUAUCCCUCCUUUUAGGCUCAUCAUAUUCGACCCCUCACUCAAACCACUCCCAGACAUCCCUAGCAAAGUUCUUGCUUGAGAAAUGGCUAUUUGCAAAAAACUAUUUUUGUUUCUUUUUGACCAUUUUAAUUGAAAACAAUCACAGUAAGUUACUUAAGUGUUACCCAGAAAUGAUUUGAUAUUGAGAAAAAAAUAUCUGCAAGGACCUUUAAAUCUGGAAUCAUUAAUGGUAAAACUACCAUGUCUGUUUGUGACAUUACAACAACAAAGAAGUUACUGCAAACCACAGACACUGUUUUUCCCCCCAUCAGAUAUCAUUGCACGUGCGAUAGAACAGCAGCAUAUGUACUACAUUUUUUAAAAACCUUGAUGCAUGACGCUCCCCAUCUGUGCUUCAUCAACAAAACUAAAAAAUAACAAUGGCCGUGGGGCGGACAGUGGCGCUGUUUCCCCCUUCCGUGGAUUCCACCUUUGAGUAACAUCAAACAAAAUAUGGAGUUGAGUUGAAUUGAUUUGGCCAUUACAUUUUGCCAAUUGCACACAUUCCCCUAUCUCUACCAUAGAUUUUUAGCUAGCAGUGGCUAAACUCAUCUGAAAUUUGUUGUGGCUGUUUAGAGAAUACCGAACCAUGGAUUACAGUUUUUCCUGGCCCAUAGAUUACUUUCAGGGUGAGGAACCAUCUAAUAUCAGGUUUUAAAAUCCUGAACUACCCCUUUAAUUUAGGGCCAUUUGUUGAUGUUCAUAUUGAUAUUGAGGCUAACACUGGAGGAGUUUUAGUUGUUGAAGAAGACACUAGAGAGUGAUUAUACCUGUGUUUAUUAGUACUGAAUACCUUUAAAAGUGAAUAAAAAUAAUAAUAAUUCAAUGGAGUAGCCUUCACCGAAUUACCCUACAAAAAUGUAUUUCCAAGUGGAGUUUUCCUGUUGUCCUUAACCUUUCCCUCACCUAUCCUAAAGUACAUGGGAGAUUACCCUAUCAAACAGGUGCACCAGCCCAUAGAGCUGACUGACCAGAUCUUUGGCCCAGCCACUCAGCAUGUGCCUUUACAGGACGAGGUCUACUGCCAGAUCAUGAGGCAGAUGACCAGUAACAACAGCAGGUAUGUGUGGUAAUGGGCAACAAUAUACUGUCAUGUCAGCUAUUGCACAUGUAUUACUAGGAAAUAAUCAUCUAUAUAUGCAUGUAUGAUGUUCUAUUUUUUAUUCUAUGAUGAAAAUGCUCUCUCUCCCUUUAUUGCUAUCUUUCCCUUCUCUCCCCCCUUCUCUCUCUACUCUCUUCCCUCUCUCUCUCACCCCUCCCCAUUUUUUCCAUCUUCCCCUUCCCUCUCCCUCCCUCCCUCCCUCCCUCCCUCCCUCCCUCCCUCCCUCCCUCCCUCCCUCCCUCCCUCCCUCCCUCCCUCCCUCUCUCAGGAUGAGUGUAGACUAUGGUUGGCAGCUCAUGUGGCUGUGCACUGGCCUCUUCCCCCCCAGUCAGUCCCUGCUGAGGUACACCCAACGUUUCCUAGAGUCACGGCCCAGAGAGCCCCUGGCUGCAGACUGCCUGCAACGGCUACAAAUGCUGCUCAGGUAGGGCUCCAAAACACACUGUAGGGGGCGACUGGGACUCGAACCAAUGCCACUGCGAAUCCAACACCUAAGCCAAGUUACCAAGAGGUCUCAAUCUGAAUCUCUUGGACAAGGUUGCUGGUGUUGUGAGGUGUUACGUACAAAAAUUAGUGGGGGGAAAUAAACGCUAUCGUUCUCUUGUUGUAGUAUGGAGCCCAGGAAGCUGCCUCCCCAUCAGGUGGAGGUGGACGCCAUUCAACAGAACAGCAACCAAAUCUUCCAUAAAAUCCACUUCCCCAAUGACUCAACUGAGGUGAGCCGCAUGCUUCCAUAAUACUUGUUUAAUAUAGUUAUCUUAUGUCUAUCACAAUAUAAUGUAUCUUUGAUGUUUGUGUUACUCCUUUAUUUAGCUCUUCGAGGUGACUUCAACAACUAGGAUUCGUGACCUCGUUCGUAACAUUGCCUACAAGCUCAUUCUGGCCUCAGCUGACGGUUACAGUCUCUGCAUGAAAACGACAAACAAGGUUGAAUUCAAGUUCUUAUCACAACUUUUGGGGAAAAAAACAUUUUCAAGCCACUGCUUUAGUUUAUUUUGGUAGUGCAAAUGAAUGUACGUAAAUGUUUUCUUGCUUUGUUGCUUUCAGGUGAUAAGCUUGGAGGACCAAAACUACUUCUUUGACAGUUUGAGGCAGACCAUAGGCCAACCUAAGAAAACAAAGAAAGUCAGAGAGGCAAAAAAAGGUGGUAAAACUGAAGGUAAGGCACAGUAUUGAAUUGAACAGAUACAAUGAACAUGCAUCCACCAAAUUGGCAGUGCAUUAAGAUGGUAGCACAAAAAAACUAACAGGCAAAAGCAUAACAUAAUGUAUGCAAAAUAUCAAAGUAAACCCUUACACCCACCAAGUUGUCAGUGGAUUGAAACGUCUAUGCUAUGCUAUGCUAUGCUAGAGGGUCUGAGGAUCACUGUUUUUCAGGAGCUCCAGCCACCAUGCCCUACCUGGUCAUCUUCCUGAGGAAGCUGUGGUUCAACGUGACCCCAGGAAGAGACCUGACCGCUGACCUUACUUUCCACUUCCCACAGGUCGAGCAGAAAACACACAUACACAUACGUGCACACACAAACACGCACGCACGCACACACACCCACCUAGUUCUUCACCACCACUCAUACACAAACCUCUCCCCCUCAGGAGUUGCCAAAGUACCUGCGUGGCUACCACAAGUGUACCAAGGAGGAGAUGAUCAGCCUGGCUGGCCUGCUGUUCAGGGUCAAGGUGGACACGGACAGGUCCCAGUUUGUCAUGAUUCCCAGGAUGCUGAAGGACCUGGUGCCAGCUGAUGGGAUGAAAACCAUGUCCCCAGAGGACUGGAAGAAGGUAGGAGGAGAAGGAGAAGGAGGAGUAGGAGGAGGAGGAAGAGAAGGAGGAGGAAGAGGAGGAGGAGGAGGAGGAGGAGGAGAUAACACAAAUAGGACUUUUAUUUAUAUCUAUUGUACACUGCUACACUGUCAGUCCUUCUCAUGUUAUUUUGUUUAUAUGAUAUUUGGCGUGCAUCUCUUACUCUCUCCAUUACUAAGCUCAUUCCAAUAAAGGAUUCUUUCUGCAAUUAGAACUGCCAUCAUGACCUCAAGUCUAGUUAUUUAGCCACUACCCCAACAGUGUAUUAAUGGUGCAUCAUUAUGACAAAUAUUUUGUCCAGAUUCUAUCAUACAUAUGUCAAUGAUUGAAAGCAUAUAGUAAUAAAGAAAUACUGAAACUCGUAUUUCUGAAUCUUUCUGUUGUUUUCUUCUUCCCUUAUAGCACAUCAUCUCCUCCUACAACAAGCAGGCCGGGAUCACCUUGGAUGAGGCUAAAGUGGCCUUUCUAAAAGGCAUCUGCCACUGGCCGACGUUUGGCUGUGCUUUCUUUGAAGUAAAGGUAUGUUAGGAGACAGCUCAAGUCAAGGUAGCUUAGCGGUUAAAAGUGUUGGGCCAGUAACUGAUAGGUUGCUGGUUCAAAUCCCUGAGCUGACUAGGUGAAAAAUCUGUAAAUGUGCCCUUCAGCAAGGCACUUAACCCUUGUCGCUCUGGAUAAGAGUGUCUGCUGUAAAUGUAAAUAUGGAAAGGAAUGUAAAUACGAAAAUGAUGCAUGUUGACACAUCAAACUUCGCAUGCCAAUGUUCACUUUCUGUAUGCUCUUGCUUCACAGCAAACCUCUGAACCGAGUUACCCGAGUAUUGUCCAGAUUGCAAUCAGCAAGCAAGGAGUCAACUUUAUAGACCCCAAAACAAAGGUAAAAGCACCAUAGUUUUAUAUGAUUAUUUAGAUUUUAUCACCAUUAUCAGUUAAUUUUACUUACAUCUAGAGGGCAUUUACUGCCAGAUGGUCAUAUACAGUAACUAUGCUGACCUUAACUGCACUUUCUGAAAUGCUUACAUGUGAACUCCAUACGCUUCACCACAACAUCAAGCUAAGAUCCCACUUCUGCCACCAUCAGCACUAUAAAGUAUUGACCUUCCCUGUUUAACCAAACAUGACCUUUUGGUCUUACCCUAACCUCAGGAGUUGCUGGUCAUGCACCCAUUCAACCGCAUCACCAACUGGUCUAGCGGGAGCACCUACUUCCACAUGACCAUUGGCAACCUGGUCAAAGGGAACACUUUCCUUUGUGAGUCCUCAUUGGUAAGUGGCCAUUACGUCUUCACUCUCAAACGAGAGGCAAAAUGAAAGAUGUUACCUCCUAUAAACCAGUACAUUUACAUUUUGUGUGAAUCCAAAGUGCUGAUAGUGUUUGUUGAGGGCGUACUAAAUGACCUUCCCAAACACUUGUAUUGUAGUGACUUAUUCACUAGAGAAUGUGAUGUAACUUUGCCUCAAUGUGCACACCCCAACAACUGUAUUUGUCUCUCCUCUUCAGGGUUACAAAAUGGAUGACCUUCUAUCAUCUUAUGUGAACAUGUACGAGAUGCAGAGGCAGGCUGUGCGACCCAGAAAUAACUCCAUGUUCCCUACCUAAUGCCAGUUGGGAAAUAGGGAGGACAAGGCAGAUUAAUUUAUAAAACAGUAAACCAAGCAUGAAGGGAAACCCACUUGUCAUUUGAUGGAGGGAUUACUUUUCAGUUGGUCUAAACCCCUUUGCAUAGCUUUGUAAUGGUUGCCAUAUUGAAUUGGCACUGUGCCUUGUAUUGUGUUGUGUGUAAAAGAGAUCUCAUAACAAUUUUGAAUACCGGUAUCCACAGCGUGGAACUAGACAAAAAUGGAAAAUCAUGUGUAUAUACAAACAAGACUUGCCUCACAGAACAAAACUAAUAAAGCAUUUUUGAAAUAUGAGAUGGC